AUGCACCUCGACCAUCCUGUUAACCAGUCGCUCCAACAAAUCGAUGAGAACUCCUGGCUCUUUGGGGACCGGAUCCUCCUUACACGGCAGGCCUCGCCUCCGCCUGACCGCCCAUCCUGGGGGGAUGGGAACGGACUUUACUACGUCGUUUCCGAGCCGCCCAGCCCUCUGCCUCCGUGUCGACCGUUGCCAGCGGACAGCCACAUCCAGAAACUUUAUGAUGCGGGCGGCGUGUCGGCGGUUUGGAGGGUUGGCGAUGCCAUCUGCAAAGCCAAGAAAUACUCGGAUCCGAAUAUGACGUGGGAGCACGUUACGUUGGAUCAUCUCCACAACAAAUGCCCGCUUGGACAGCUCAGCUUUGCCGUCCCGAACGUCAUUCACCAUGUGCAGAGCAAGGACCGUUACUUCAUCAUCCAGAGCCGUAUACCUGGCAAGACCCUUGCUGAGGCCUGGCCUUCGAUGGACGAGAGCACGAAGGAGUACUACGUCUCACGGAUCGCGGGCAUCUGCACGGAGCUGGCAGCUUGGACAGGCGAUGGCAUUCAUGGUGUCGACGGGCGGAAUCUGUCAGAUCUCUAUCUCACUCCUCUACACGGCAUCGAAGACAUGAGUCCCCAAAAUCUCCUCAGAAACUGCGCCAAUUUCGGGAUGGAUUGUUCCCAGUUCGUCUUUUACCAUUGCGAUCUAGGGCCCGGGAAUAUAAUAAUAGAUCCUGGAGAGAGAUCUUUCGGUGUGGUUGAUUGGGAAAUGGCUGGGUUUGUUCCUCGGGAAUGGAUAAGGACAAAAGUCCGCGUUUCAAGCGGAUUGGAUCUCCAUGGCGACGACGACGAGUCGAGACAGGAUUGGAGGAGGCGGCUUCAGGGACGAUUAGGGCAGGACGGCUUUCCCGAAAUUGCGGAUAGGUGGAUGGAUUGGUUUAUGAAUGAUGGAAAUCAAGAAGUGAAGUAG